AUGGGGAUGAGGAAGGUGGGCAAGUACGAGGUGGGCCGGACCAUCGGAGAAGGGACCUUCGCUAAGGUGAAGUUCGCCCAUGACACCGAGACGGGGGAAAGCGUCGCUAUGAAGGUCCUCGCCAAGUCCACUAUCCUCAAGCACAAGAUGGUCGAUCAGGUAGGUCGCAGGACCUGAACUUCGGAUCCCGCCGAUUUAAAUUUUUUGUGCACGCGCGCCUUUCUGUCCUUUGCUGUCGUGGACAGUUUCGCGGCCGCACGCAGAAUCCAAAAUUUACGCAUAAUUGAACCGGUUAUUGAUCCCCUCGUCCUCGUUGUCUCUUCCAUUUCUUGCCCAACGUUGGAUGCUUAAGAUCCCCAUCGAUAACCGGGUCCACCCGGCGGUCUGUGUCGACAUAUUUGUCAGACACACAUCUCCUCGUUCUCCCCCUCAAUCUUGUGCAAAGUAUCGGAUUAUUUGGAUUUCAAUCAAAAGAAGGCGCCAUGUAGUCAGAUCAAAUGGCAUUUGGGGAUUUUAAUCCUUCUAGAAUUACGAAUGCCAAGCACCAUGCGUUCGGGAUGCUUCAUUUCCCAAAGUGGGAUCAACUCAAUUAAAAUUAAUUGCCUUGAGGUUAGACAUCUUCGGCAAUGUGUAGCAACCAUGUCUUUCACGUUGUUUUCUAUGUUAGACUUAACUGUCGACAUGCCUUCUGAGAAAAUGCAAUCGAUGACACUCUAUAACUCCGUUAUCCAGAGGAAUACACCAUCUACUGACAGCAUUCUUCCUGACUGGACUUUGCAUCCCCGUUCUUCCCAUUUCCAGCCUAACUUUCUACUAACUACAAGUCUAUUGCAGAUCAAGAGGGAAAUUUCUAUAAUGAAGAUUGUCAGGCAUCCAUACAUAGUUAGAUUGAAUGAGGUAUGACUCCUACGUUCUGAUACUAUUCUGGAAGUCAAGUUUUCCGCUUUGUGGACAAUCAACAUUAAAAUCUUGCUUGGAUCGAUUUCUUCAGGUUUUGGCCAGUCGAACAAAAAUAUACAUGGUUCUGGAACUUGUCACUGGUGGAGAAUUGUUUGAUAAAAUUGUAAGGCUUUUAUGAUUAUGAAAACUUAAGUUGAACGCAUGCUAUUUGCAUUGGUCUCUUUUGUUUAAUUUUUCUAGUAAACCGAGGUAUGAUAGACAUGUCAUUCAAUUCUAACAGAAACCUUUCUUUUUCGGAUCUAUUUGUGACGACUCAUCAUCUUUUCGCUCCCUGGACUUUCUAUUUACCUUUCACCAGUGAUUCCAUGGUUAUCUGUCUAAAGUUUUUUAAAUUCAAAACGUGUAUAUCUGAUGUUGAAAUGUGGUUAAUUGUUCGAGAAAACAAUAGAUGAGCUCAGCCUUCUGUCGGGCCAUGUAAAAAUAGGGAACCUUUUCAGUUUUCAGUAACAUACCAGACUAACAUCUAUUUAUCAAUGUUGGGCAUAACUUGAAUCCUCUACUUGGGGCUCAGGUUAUGGAUUUCCAUGAAUCCACUGAUGUUGAUCUCGAAGAUGGUUCACUUACUUGCUUUGUUAUGGUAGGAAGUACCGUUUUCCUAGACACACCGGUGUGGAGAAACAUAAAGAAGUUCAUUCCAAGGUUUAUAAUGGUGGUUGAAAACUUGCAAGCCCUAGUGGAGGACAAAUGCAUAUGUUUGACUUUGGCUUUUAGUAAUUUACCCGAGCCUGAAGAUGACCCUGAUUAGGGAUGAAGAAGCUCAUCAUUGGUGCUUAAUAAUGCAUAAUUCUAUAACUUGGGAACGCACACUGGAGACUAUGACAUUGUUAUGUCCCAUAAUUGCUAUGUAUUCCUUCAUUUCAUUUCAUCAGAGAAGUGUGAUCUGUUCACUAUCUUCUAGGGGAACAACAAUGCGCUGAUUGGUUAUAAUUCAUGGGAUAGUGCAUGUCGUUUUCUUAUAAAAGUCAAUUUUCUCUCUAGGCCCACCAAGGAAAACUCACUGAGAAUGAGUCCAGGCGGUACUUUCAGCAACUUAUAGAUGCAGUUGACUAUUGCCACAGUAAGGGUGUGUACCAUAGAGAUUUGAAGGUUUGCUUAUUUCUGGUCUUCUGAUUUUUUGGCCUUUUCUUUCUUUGGAUAUUUUUCGUGACAAUAUGAUGUACAAUGUGCAGCCUGAGAAUCUUCUUCUUGACUCAAAUGGAAACUUGAAAGUUUCAGACUUUGGGCUCAGUGCGUUGCCCCAGCAAGUAAGCAGAAUUCCCUUCUAAAGAUUAUGAGGCAUGUUAAGGCGAUUCCAGGUUAUCUCUUUUAUACCAUUCUUUAUGUUGUUUUUGGUUAUCAUGUUUAGGGAGUUGGCCUACUUCAUACAACAUGCGGAACUCCGAAUUAUGUAGCUCCUGAGGUGCAUCCUAGAACCUUAUUUCGAGCUCAAAUUUUGGACAAGCUUCUGCAGCUAAAGGGAAUGGUCAACCAUGUUAUGCAUACUUGCCAUCAUUGUUGAGUGCUGGGUGAUACGGAUCAAUGGCUCAAUUACUAACAUAGACUAAUGUUUCAAACAGAAUUAUACUAAAAUCAUAAGACACGAGGAUAUCUGUGGGGAAUCGUCACAUAAACGCAUAUGUAUUAGGACAAAUUUAUCCAACGUAGAUUUGGUGGGGUUAACUAAUUUUUCUGAAGAAAUAUCCAAUAUACGAAAACUUUACUUGUGCCCUUGGAGAAAUGUGAAUGUUGUGAUGGAAAACUCAAAAAUAAGAAUUGACCCAUAAGCCUGAUGCAAAAAUUUAUCAAUAUGGCUGAUUCAAUAUCUCCAAAAGUUUCGCAGUUCUUAAGCGAUUCAUGAAGAACCAAAACUUUAAUUGUUGCUAAAUUCCCAAAACAAUUGCAUGAGUAUGAUUGAAGUGACCAACAGCACUAGAUUCAUAUUUGUCUUAUUAGGUGGGAGAGUCGUUCACCAUUUCCUUUGGGGAGCUCUGCAUUUAGAUCUGGAUAUUGAAGCAAAAGACUGCAAUUGAGACUGGUGCUAUGAUGUAUAGAGAUCACUGAUGUUGGGCUCUACAGAUGGGUAUUAAAGUGAUGUUCUUGAAAAUAAAUGAUAGUAAAGUAUCAAAAUCUACACGCAAUAAAAAAGGACAUGAACGUUAUGGUGGUCUAAUCACUCAUAUCCCUCCUUCACUUGUCAUGCGUUACUUUGGAUUUUUCCCCUAAGUUCCUAAAAACCUAUGUAGACUGACUCUUCCAAGGUAUAAUCUAAUCUAAUGUUUAUCAUAUUCUCGUUCUCAAGGUAUCAACUAUACCUCUCACCCAAUAACAAGCUUAGACAAACGUGGAUUAAUAAAUAACAGGCUUAGAUAUAACUCUUCUUGUAAAAAUGAGAACGUUGGGACAAGCUCAGAGUAUUCAUUCAAUCUUUUUAUGCUUUUCAAACCACAUAAACUUAAGGAUCCAUUGGGUAUUUAUAAAAUUGAUCUGUUAAAGCUUGAGAAUCUUAUGUUUCUUAAUCAUUAAUAAAUGGAGAUCCUCUAGCAGCUGUUAUAAAAAGGUUUUGCCUCUUUUAGCUGAAAUACGGAUUUAUUUGUAGAUGCUUCGACUUUCAAUUUCAGAAAAAAUAGCCACGGUCAAACCUCAAGUCUCAGCCCUUUGCUAUAUACUUAACUACCUUAUGCAUCAACUAUUCAUUCAUCAACAGUUGACAAUCAUAAUUUAUUUUUCGUCUUUUCUCUACAAGUGUCAACAUUUUAUGUUACAGGUGUCAGCCUCUGUAUUUCAUGGUUUCUAAUUUUCUUGUAGAUAUUAACCUUUUUAUUUCAAGGGUUAGCCCAUGUAUUUUCUGGCUUCUAUUUCAUUCAUAGGGUUAACACUUAUUUUGGAGAAGUCAACCUCUUUAGUUUGACUAAAAAAAAUCGCUUUAUCAUUGUCUACAUUUAUCUUAUUUGCUGCAUUUUUCGUUGUUUUCUGUUUGAAAAUUUCAUUUCUCAAUCUAAUAAAACUCAAUGAAUGAUUUAUAUAAAUUGUUGAAGAAAUAGAGAUUUUUUAACGAUAAAAAUCAUUUUAUUUGAUUCAACAACUGAUUAUAUAGUUUGAAUAUUCAAUGGGAAGAAGUAGAAGAUGAAGAUAUGCCAUCUUUGGUGAUCCUUGUCCAUUUUUUGUUUUCUGGAUGUAAUCAUCGCACAAUUUUGUGCCUAAACUUUUUCUAAGAAUAAAAUGGGGAAUUAUGUGGCAUAACAAACAGAAUCAGUAGUGACGUGAAUUAUUAAUUUUUUUCUGGAAUAUAUAGGUGAAUAACUGAUUAUAUAUAUUUUAUUUCUUGGACAUACAUGAAUGCUUCUUGAAUAUACGUGAAAUUUUGGAUUUUUUUUUAAUUUGGUCAGUUAUCUCUCUCUUGUGCAUUAUAUCUUUUUUUUUCAUAAAAGGGGGUUCUGGAGAUUCAGAUGAAAGAAACAAGGAAAAUAAUUGUCUAUGGAAAAAGAAGGGUUUUUAAAUUCAUGGUCAGGUUACAAUCUCUGUAAUGUCUGCUCUUCAUGAUCGGCCUUGUAGCUUAUUCAGAUUUCCAUGGUUCCUGGUUUUUAUUUCACUUUUAUGUCCAUCUGUGGUGAUUUCUCAACGAUGCAGUAGGCUAGAUAGUUUGAAGAUUUUUCUCUCCAUUAGAGGCGUCUGUGGUAAAUUAAUUUUUCUCAAUUUUAUCUAUUUAUGAUUGGUUGCAUUUCACCUUAAGUCAAGCGUCUUGCAGGAGCUAUGCUUGACAAUCUUAUAUCCCAAAGUAAGCAUUGGAAGGAAAUGGGCCCGUUCUUGUAAGAAUGGAUAGCUCUGGAAGUUAUUACCGCACAAUCAUAUCUACAUGUGAACUAGCAUCCCAACUCUUACUUACUAGUCACAUCUUUUGUUGUCAUCUCGUGUCAUGACACGAUGCUGAGGAAAUUAUUGGAGUAUCAGUGAACUAUAGUGUAAUAGACAAGAAAAGAUGCCCAUAGACCAUGCAUGUUUCUAAUGCGUGAAAUGGAUGUAAUUUAUCCUGUUUAAAAGCCUUUAAGAAAGGAUGCGAGCUGGAGUUGUGGGGUACUCAUUGCUGUGUCCUUGUAGUUCCGGUAAUUUUUCUUGGGAUGCCGAGAAUAACAUUAGUUUGUAUUUGUCGAGCCAUAGAAAGGCUGGGCUCCUGUAUUCCAUCCUUCACUAUUUUGACUUUUGCUGCUCCCACUAUUAUAUGUCGUAUUGUGUAUUGAUCCUUUCGCGCAUCCUUGAUAAGUGUUGUUUCUUGAAAGUACUAACCAAAGUCAAUGACACUUUAGGUGCUUGGUCAUCAAGGCUAUGACGGUUCUGCUGCAGAUAUAUGGUCUUGCGGGGUGAUUCUUUACGUUUUAAUGGCCGGAUAUCUCCCGUUUGAUGAGUGUGAUCUUCCAACCUUACUUAGAAAGGUACUUUUCACUUUGUCAGCAACAUAGCAACCAUCUCUUUGGUCCCAAUUUAUGAACCUAGGUUGUCAUGCUCUCAUGGUUACCUGCAUCCACCUAUUGUGUAGACCAAUGCUGCGGAGUUUUCCUGUCCAUCAUGGUUCUCUCCCGGAGCAGAGUCCUUAAUUCAUAGGAUACUUGAUCCGAACCCGAAGACCGUGAGUAUGGCUAUUAAAUUUUAGUUGCGUUCCUAAACUUAUCUUGUUCUUCGCUAUUAUUGGCAAUGAAAACAAAAGAUUCCCUGACAGAUAACUCUAUUUUUAUUCAUACAUACUGAUGAUAAUGGGAGAUCUUUUAUGGUUUUGUGUAAUGUCCAGUCUACACAUUCUUCUGCUGUUUUUCUUCUUAAUUUUUCAGUCCUUGAGCUUCGCAAUUGUCUCAAUUAAAGAACUCUGUCUAAAAAUAUACCAUGAAUAUCCUAUCUGCUAUCUGAAAUCUCCUAGGGUGAUGAAUAUGUCUGGGUAUCCUGUUGAUUUAUGAUAAAAUGCCCAUUCUAGAUUUCUCGAGAGUUGUAAGACGCUGCUGAGACGCAAUUGGCAUGUGGACUGGUAAUAAGAAUCAAGACCCCUCUUCAUGACAGACAAGUUAAUAAUUCUGGUCCUGCGGAAGAAAGAUACAAUUGAAAACACUUUUUUAGACGAAUGUAUUCUUCUGUGUAUGCUGAUUAGAACAAUUGAGAAUGAAAGUUCCCAAAAGAAUUUCUCAAGCAUUAAAGUGCGAGAUUGAUUUUCUUUCAAUUACAAGUUUGUACACCUGUUUUUCACAACCAAAAGAGCAAAAACAAUCAGAAAUUUGACAGGGAGGAAGGCAAUUCCACCUGUCGUUUCAUGGGAUUGUUCUUGUGGGAUACUCCACAGUGUUAGGGUAUUCUUCGUUGGUCCACGGACUUCAACUCAUGAUCGAACAUUCAGACCUAAAAAACGAAUUAAACUCAAAUCAUGACUAUUUGAUUAACGUAGGAAAAAUUUACAUAAAAUGUUUUGUUUAAAUUUUUCAACAUGACUCCAAAACAUUGAUGUUUUUACUUUAUCCAGAUUUAAAGUUGUGUAGAGUAAUUUUUUGUCAUUAAUGUACUAGUAGAUUUACUAUUGUAUGUUAUUUUAUUUAUAUUUAAGGUUUCCAGAAGUAAUACUGUUGAAGUUAUUAUGCUAUCUAUGUAAACUAAUUCACAAUGAAUUAGCCUAUUUAAGCAAUUAUGGACGUUAUUUUUUAACUUCUAGUAGAUUACUAUUCUAACACUCUUCAGAUCCAGGCUAACUUGUGUGCUUUUCUGCGUCAACAACAAAAAAUGGGUUGCAUUCGGUUUAUGAGAAGUUAUCAGCUCUGGUGCCAUGUAAAAUCUAUUUGAUCAUUCAACGAAAAAUAACUGUCAGUGAGUUAAAUAUUCUUAUAUCUGUAAUCGCAUGACAUUGACUUAUUACUUCGAAAAUGAUUUUGUUUUCAUGUACCCCACUCACUUGAAAGCUUUUGAGGUUUGUCACCCAUCGGAAAUGGGUGUGCAGUCCAAGAGAAACAGACUGAUCUAAUAUCGUAUUAAGUAUUAUUUAAUUCAAAACCAACUGGAACGGAGGCGGAGUGUGCCCGUUUAUAUGGUCAAGGGAGUUUAAUUAUAUCUUGUAUUACGACGCUAAACUAUGUUCAUAAAAUGAUUAUUUCAUCGCUAUCAGUUUAUCGACUGUAUGAUUUAAUGCAAUUUUACUUUUAACAACAAUGAGUGUCUUCUUCUUGAUGAUGCUGUUGCACUCCUGUCAUCGGACACCUUGUCGACUGAAAAUUUAAUUGAAAAAAUUCCAUCAAUGUGUCACGAACAAUGCUCAUAUGUUUUCAUAUCUCAAUCGGUACAUCAUUUAUCCUCCCAUUUUUUCUUCUAUUUUGCUGAUUCACAUCCCUUGGAGCUUACGACAAGGUCCAAGAUCAUGAGUACGUUCUAUCUUACCAACAUCAGAGGUUAUCGUUUUUCCAUAACGUCAAAAAAUGUUUAUUUUCUCCUUGGGUCCUUAGUCCUUUUCCGAAAGCCGAUGUGCUGUCAAUUCCUUGCUCAGGAUAGAUUAAUUUCUACCUUCAUUUGAUUGGUUUGAAAUGUUAACUUGUGGUCUCAUCUGCUUGCAGCGCAUCCGAAUCGAGGAAAUAAGAAAUGAUGAUUGGUUCAAGAAGACUUAUGUUCCUAUUCCACACUGUGAAGAGGAAGAAGUUAGUUUGGACAGCGUCUGUGCUGUUUUUGAUGACAUCGAGGUCAGUUACUUAGCUUUGGUCGUGCAUAUUGUGUCAGAUCUAUGGUUCAGUUAUCUUCAUUAGACAUGCAACUUGCUCCUUUCAGUUUCACAUUUUUCUAGAAUUUAUCAUCGAAAUCCAAAUUUAUAUUCCUUAAGCAUCACUUCCAUGACACCUAAAUUCCAGAGGCACUGUUCAAAUGUGCUGCAUACUUCUUUUCUAACGUAAAUCUUUCAUCACUAUUUUGUUGCAGGAUCAGUUUGUUUACGAGCAGGAAAAAGGCAGUGUAGGGGGUCCCCUCAUAAUGAAUGCUUUUGAGAUGAUUACCUUGUCUCAGGGAUUGAAUCUUUCAGCUCUGUUUGACCGGCGGCAGGUGCAGCAUGAGCAUUAAAACUAAUUUUGUGAGAUAGUGCCUAUUUGGGAUAUGUUUACUCUUGAAUGUUAUUCUCGAUAGUGCCUAUUUUGGAUAUGUUUACUCUCAAUUUGAAACUUAAAGAAUCUAACUUCUCAGUUGGUAACCUUAUCUUUUUCAAACUCAAUCGAUAUUUUUCAUAUUUAAAAAAAAUCCUAAGAAUGGACGUUAGAAAGUUGCUCUCAUCCUUGCAGGAUUAUGUAAAACGCCAAACACGUUUUGUGUCUUGCAAACCAGCAAGCAUCAUAACAUCAAGUAUUGAAGCUGUUGCAGAAUCCAUGGGGCUGAAGGUUCAUUCACGCAACUACAAGGUUACUGCUUCGUUUUCUUUUCAUCUAGUUUUAAAAAAAAAUCCUUAAAGAGUUAUUUUUCUCAUCUUAAGGUUUACUUUCUCUUCAUUAGCGAUCCAUUUUCUUCUUUUGUUCUUUUUAUUAUUCAGUGAUUCAUCAGAAUGUGCUCAUAUAAGCAACCGAAUCGAAUGUUUAGUUACCGCUAUUUAGAUUAUGAACAGAAAGGCCUCAACGACAACGGCAACAAUCUUUUGAGCAUACUGAAUACUUUGUGCAGGAUUGAAAACAAAAUUAAUGCAAUGGCCAACCUCACAUUAACAUUAUACAUGUUUAAUUCAUUUUAUAGUAUCAUGUAUACUCGCUUGCCUGCAUAUAAUGUGUAUUCAAAUAAGAACGUAUUUAUUACUCUCUCAUACUGCAUUUGAAAGGUUUUUCAUUUAGGCCGUUUUUGACGGUGCUCUUUUCAUAGGCGCCUCUUCACGGAAAGCCCGAUGGAUCAUUCGUGUUUUCUCGCAUACAUUCCUGAGAUUAUGCUGCGGCAGGCUCGAGGCAAUCUCUCUUUUUAGAUAUUUAACAUUUUCCGUACGAAAACGCUCAUAUGUAAAUCUUGGCUUCUCCAAAGGAGGAAAGGUUAACAGAAGUUCUAUGAAUUCUGUCCCUGAACUCUGCGAUGCUCUGCAGUGGGCAGUCUGUUUUCCCUUUUUGCUCACGCGUUCGGUCGCUGCAGAUUUUUUUUAUUUUUCUUUCUGUUACUCACGAAUUCCUCUUCAGCAGAUGAGACUUGAAGGAGUUUCCUCAAAUAAGAUGACUCUGUUUGCUGUCGUCCUGGAGGUAGCUUAAUUCCAAUUCAUGGUUGAAUUUCAGUGUACUCGUUUUUCAAAUGCCCACCAAGUUUACGACCUGCCUACCCAUUUUGUCCAUAAUUCUCCAAAUUUAAUGGGCACAUUUUCCUAACUGAGCAAUCAUUCGCCAGGUUUACGAAGUUGCACCAUCUCUUUUCAUGAUCGACGUUCGGAAGGUCUCAGGCGAUACUCUCGAAUAUCACAGGGUCGGAGCCUCUUACCCUUCUGAGAAACACCGUGUAGCCGUGCUUCCUUUCGGUCUAAUUCGUCUGCUUACAGUGAAAUUGCAAUUUAAAUUGCCAUAUAUCGUCUUAACUCUCUGCUUAUUGAUGGCUAACCACGCAUGCAGUUCUACAAGAAUCUCUGCAGUAGACUCGAGCACAUUAUCUGGAAGCCCAGUGAAGGGGCCGGAACAUCUCCGCUGUGCUGA